AUGGAGGUGUUCAUCCACGAGGACUACGUGAACAAGCGCAACGAGCUGAGGAGGGAGCAGAGGCGGCGGCAGCUGCAGAUGCUGCGGGUGGAGGGCAACCCCGACGCGUCCCGGCAGGCGCUGCUGGCAGGCUGGGAGAGCCCGAGGGCGCCGGCUCAGUGCCUGACGCCCACCGGCGCGUCGCUGUCGUCCGGCGUCAGAUCCCCAACUGCGAGCGCGCUGCAGUCGCCGGCCGCAGCAGCGGCGGGGGAGGCUGCUGUUGGUUGGCCGUCGGAGCAUCGCCGCCUCUACGACUGCCUCAAGCCGUACUAG